AUGAUGGCUUGGUUGUGCCUCCCUGCACGGUCGGUCAAAGAAAACGUCCGCUGGGCGCAGGCGCAGCCCCGCACCGCGUGGCUUGGACGAUCCGCGCGGCCGUUCGCCGCAUUUGGCGCAGAGCGCUGCUCUGUGCCCUGCCUUCCGCCGACAAGGGCGACCGGCGACGAGCACAUGCUAUCUUUGAUCGUCGCUGACCGUUGGGAGAUGCCUGGAGGUGUUCAGGGUGGGAAAUCGUGCAGCGCCACUCCUUCAAACGGGAAACAACCUCAUAAGAAUUCCACUUCCGUGCGCAGGGCAAGCGGUGUGGGCGCCUUGGCGGUGGUGUGGCGCAUGAAGGCGGCCGCCCGCCGGUCCGCAAUGGCGGUGGGAGUGAUCCCAUUGGCGCUGGUGGCUAUGCUCCUGUGCUCCUUUGGCUCUGCGGGUGGCCGCAGCCUGAGCGGGCAGAAGGACGAGGAGUGCUUGAGGGCGAGCAUCCUGGCCGUGAAGGACUGUCUGCACGCCACCGAAGAGGAUGAGUUCACCUGCACGAUGGACGUCGCAAGGGUGACGGAUGAGUGUCUCGAUGCGUGUCUUGCCAAUGGGGACUGUAAUGGCUCGAAGUGCGUCCACGACUUCCUGUCGACUUGGGACGAAUGCGAGGAAAGGGGCAAGUACACAAGGGGCAAAUGUGCGCAGGCCUUGAAGGUGGACAGGCACCGCUGCCCAGACGCUUGA